AUGUCUGGCGGGCGUGCGGGUGUGUACGCCGGUAAGUUGUGCUGGGCGCCGAUGGUGCGGGCCGGUGAGCUGCCCUCGCGGCUGCUCGCGCUGCAGCACGGGUGCGACCUCGUGUGGUCCCCCGAGAUAGUGGACAAGAAGAUCCUCCAGACCGAGCGGCGCGUGGUGGCCGGGACCCCGACGAUCGUCGAGUACGUGGUCCCCGCGACGCUUCGUGGCAAGGGCCGCCAGGGCCCCGGAGAGUGUGUGUUCCGGACCGCGCCGUCGCUCGAGGCCGAGUCCCGCGGGCUGGUGUUCCAAUUGGGGUCCUGCGACGCCGAGCUGGCCGUCCGUGCCGCGCUGCACGUCGUCAAGGACGUCAGCGGGAUCGACCUCAACGCUGGGUGCCCGAAGCAUUUCUCCGUGCACAGCGGGAUGGGUGCUGCGCUGCUGUCGACCCCGGACCUGCUCUGCGAGAUUCUCGAGGCGCUGGUGCAGCGAGUGGGCCGCCCACACGACAUCCCCAUCAGUGUGAAGAUCCGGCUUCUCCCCGAGCAGUCCGCCACGCUGCUGCUCGUGGAGCGUCUGUGCAAGACCACGGGGAUCUCGAACCUGACGGUCCACUGCCGGACGCGCGACACACGGAACAGUGCACCGCCGGACCGGUCGUACGUGCGGCAGCUCCACGAGGUGUGCCAGCGGCACGGCGUAUCCCUCGUGCUCAACGGCGGGAUACGCAGCCGCGGGGACUACGAGCAAGUGUGCCGCGAUGAGCUGCAAUUGGACCCCACGAGAGACCUCGGUGGGAUGAUCGCAGAGUCUGCGGAGAGGAACCCGACCGUGUUCCGCCGGGCGGGGCCGCUGCCCUGGACGACAUACGUCCCGCAGUACAUCCGCGAGGCCACUGCGCGCGGGAACCACCUGGGGAACACAAAGUACAUGCUGGGCCGCAUGGUCCCUGGCAAGUCCCGCUUCUACCGACUGUUCACGGCGUGCAAGACCGCGGAGUCCGUCGAGAAAGUGGCCAGGGAGCUCGAGCAGGCCUCAGAGGACCCGCCGGAGUCCUCGAAACGCCCACGACGCUAG